ACUUACGACUAUAACAACACAAAAUAUAUAUUCUCUGUACGAGCAACAACAAAACAAAACAAAAUAUAAUAUUUUUAACGCCAAGUGCUUCUUGCAAUAUAUUUUCUAAAAGUGCUUCAAGAUGAGCGGAAUGCGGCCAUUCCCAUGGAACAAUCGCUGCCCCAUACCUGAUUGUGAAAUAGAGUUCGAGGAGUUGGAGCAGUGGAAGGAGGAGGAGGAGGAGCAGCAGCAGCAGGUAGAGAUGGAAGAGCUGGAGGAGGAGUUGCAAGAGGAGUUGCAAGAGGAGUUGGAAGGUGAAGACGAAGACGAGAAUCACUUUCCUCGCUUCCCACACGCCUAUCGCUAAUAAAAGUUCCACAAAUAAUUAGGAGACCCACACAGCAGAGCAUAUCCCUCACAAAUAUGACACUACACAAACAGCCUUGUGAUUCGUAGGAGCAAUACAAAAAACAAAUUAAAUAAAUAAAUUAAUGGAAUAAAUAAAUGAAUAUUAUUGAA